UUCUGACACAAGGGGUCGCUCAUUGGCCGCGCUACUCUCUAGCCUUUCGUCUCUCUCUCUCUGGUGGCUGCUCCUUCCCUCUCUCUCUUUUUCUUCUCUACUCAAUCCUCCUCCCGCCAAUGAUGAUGCGUCGCUGACGUCACGUGGAGAGCCGGGAGCGCCAAGGUUGAAUGUAGGUGGCGAGAACUGUCACUUGGUAAGAACCGGGGAGAGUUAUGUUCCGCUUACCCUCCAGUUCCUGAAGCUAAAAGGGGGCGGAGUUACAUGGUGUGCCGCAAAAGGGGCGGAGCAACAUCGCACAGCGCUGGAAAAAAGGUUGGCACUAAGAAGGAGGGUGGCACUGCUGCAAGCAGCUUAAGUCCAGCUGGGGGAGGAGCCCUACACUCCCCAAACACUGGUCACGAGGGAUGUCUGUAUCAAGACUAGGUAAAAAGGCACUGGACUGGAAAGUUCUCACUCGCUGCUGUAACGUCAGAUAAAGGCUCGGUGAGUGCACGCUGGCAGUUAUAGAUAGGGAAACACUGCCUUGGACAGUUUUACAAAAAAAAUGGACACCACAGGUAGGCACUUCAUGUAGGAAUCAGACAGACUUGUGGCAGAAAUCGUUAAAGACGCAUUGAGGCAUCCACACCAAAGCUUUGCAGAAGAAGCAUUAUCUUUAGGCCACUGAUGGGACAGUAUUCUCCACAACUGUCAGCAGGAAUCCCCUGCUAAGUGUCGCCAAGUUGUCGCUCCUCCUUACUACAGAGUGCAGAAGCUGCAGAUAAUUGCUGUCCCCAGGUUGUGUAACUGAGAGUGCCUUCCCAUUAUGUUCUCAAAACUAUCCUUCAAUAAUAAGUGACUACAGCAAUGAGGAGUAGAACAUUCAUUUUUGUUUAGUGUGUAACCCUCCGCUAGCUCCUCCUCUUGUCUGCACUCACAAUGAGCUCCCUGCUCCCAUUUGAUAGUGUUCUAUGCCUCCUCCUGAGGCUCUCCCUCACUCUGUGGUUCACACUUCUGCUGGUGUUCAUCAUCGUGCCUGCUAUAUUUGGUGUAUCGUUUGGAAUUCGCAGGCUCUAUAUGAAGACGCUGCUUCGUAUUUUCACGUGGGCGACCUUGCGUAUUGAGAGAGGAAUAAAGGAGAAAAGCCACACUCUCUAUAAACCUCUUAGUAAUGGGAUUAUUGCUAAGGAGAGCACUUCCCUUGAGGAAGGAAUCUGGGAGCUUCGAAGCAAUGGGCGCUCUUUGGACAGGCCAGAGUUUGAAUUGUCGGACAUCUUUUACUUCUGUCGACAGGGCAUGGAGAGCAUCAUGGACGAUGAGGUGACGCAACGUUUUUCAGCCGAGGAGCUGGAGACAUGGAACCUACUUACUAGGACCAACUACAACUUUCAGCACAUCAGUGUCCGGCUCACCGUACUCUGGGGACUGGGCAUGCUGGUGCGCUACACCUUUUUACUACCCCUUAGAGUUGCUCUCGCUAUUACAGGGGUCAGCCUUCUGGUUAUCGGUACUACUGUAGUGGGGUUGCUGCCAAAUGGAAGGUUUAAGGAGUUUCUGAGUAAGCAUGUUCAUCUGAUGUGUUACCGGAUCUGUGUGCGUGCUCUUACUGCUAUUAUAACCUAUCAUGGAAGUGAGAAUCGGCCCAGGAAUGGGGGCAUCUGUGUGGCCAAUCAUACAUCUCCAAUCGAUGUGAUCAUUCUAGCUAGUGAUGGAUACUAUGCUAUGGUCGGCCAGGUUCACGGGGGUUUGAUGGGAGUAAUCCAAAGAGCCAUGGUGAAGUCAUGUCCACAUGUCUGGUUUGAGCGCUCUGAGGUGAAGGACAGACACCUUGUCGCUAAAAGGCUUACGGAUCAUGUGCAAGACAAGAGCAAGUUGCCUAUUCUUAUAUUUCCCGAAGGUACUUGCAUCAACAAUACUUCAGUUAUGAUGUUCAAAAAAGGCAGUUUUGAAAUAGGAGCCACGGUGUAUCCAGUAGCUAUAAAGUAUGACCCCCGUUUUGGUGAUGCCUUUUGGAACAGCAGUAAAAAUGGGAUGGUAACUUACCUGCUACGAAUGAUGACUAGCUGGGCCAUAGUAUGUAGUGUUUGGUACCUGCCUCCCAUGACUCGCCAGGAGAAUGAGGAUGCUGUGCAGUUUGCUAACCGAGUGAAGUCAGCCAUUGCACACCAAGGAGGACUUGUUGAUUUGCUAUGGGAUGGGGGACUGAAACGUGAGAAGGUGAAAGACGCAUACAAAGAAGAGCAGCAGAAGGUGUACAGCCGAAUCAUUGCUGGGAGUCAGGAAAAUCGCAGCCGAUCCUGAGCUACAGGACUGGGAAAUAGGCUCCUGAACCACAGUGAUACCAUGGGCAUCUACAGCAAGGAGUACUGCAGGAACCCAGUUCUUGGAGUGAUGGCUGAGGGAAUCUUAAGAGUUACUUGUUUUUAGUAGGUCAGAACACAGAGCUUUUCUGGAUAUCUGUCCUCAAAGGACUGUGGCGCUAAAAAAUAAAAAAAAAUCAUUGGACCCAGUAAGGCUAUAGAUUGGUGCCAAAAUCUAACAGACCGGAGAAGAGCUGGUGUAUAUCUCAGGUCCUUUUACUAUUAUGUAUCUCAAGUCUGUUGACCAUUUCAGAACAACAAAACCCUUACAUCAAAGGGGCUGAACUGCUUCGCAGCUCAACGGAGUUGUUAUUUUAGCGAACUCCCAAGGUCCAUAAAACAUGGAUAAUGAAACCAAAACUGUUAACUGCAGUAUUUACAGUGCAGUUUCAAGACGUGAAAUUUUCCUGAGCUUUAGCCCCACACUACAAAUGGAAGGGACAAAGAAAUCCUGAAUUCAAUCCCUAUCAUCCUUGAAGCUGCCACUGAAAGUCUAGAGUGAUCCUAUGAAGCUUGGAGACGUGCUGUGGCCAUGACCCUUCAUCUACAAACAUGCUCUACAAAGCAGAAAAUACCUAUUUUUAUGUUACAGUUAAUAACACCUCAUACAGUUGUUACUUUUCUUUAUAAAAGCGACAGAUUUUUUUUAUUCAGUCAAGCCCUCUUGAAAGAAAAAAAGCCUAAAAUAGGUCAACAUGAAGCCGCCAAGUCCAAGAACUUCAUUCAGACAUGUGCCUCCCUUUAUGUCUGUUACACCCUGUCCUGCAUGGACUCCAUUACUUGUUUUGUUUUUAUAAAGUUCAAAAAGAAAAAUUAAAAUAACUUGUAAAAAGUAAA